AUGGCCGCCAACCGAGAUUCAAUCGACUCGCAGCUCUACCAGACGCCUGCACGCACUCCCGCCUUUCGCCGUCACUCGUCUAGGAGAUCCGUGGCCAGUCCCGUUAGCUAUGGCGGUAGUUUUAGCAGUCGCGACGAUGAGCGCGAUACGGAUCGCUCACCGCCGAUGCUACCCACCCCCAGCUCUGGCUCUCGACUAAGCUACUCCAGCUCCGUCACGCCUCUGAGGAAAGCCAUGCUUCAUGAUGAGCACGACAUCAUCCCAACCUCACCCGGCAGGAUUGAUUUGGCUAGGCGCUUGAGCAACCUGGCGCGGGAGCUCACCCACGAUGGCGAGGUUGAUGAGCUUGCCCUCGAGACCCAGCUCGACCAGAUGGAGAAAGUCUUGGCAAGCGGCUCCCCGUCGCCAUCGCCAUUCUCGGCGACCAAGCAUCGUCGGCCGCACAGCUUAGACAUGCGCAGCUUCAGCGACUUUGCCAGCUCGUUGCCAAGCUCUCCGGCUUCUUCAUUUAUGCGCUCCCGCUUUUCUGACGUCUCGUCGUCGCUGUACAAGGUCGAGGAACCCGCUCACGAGGAUGAGGAAGGGGAUGAGACCAGGGAGUUACACCAGGAAAGCCUCACCAUCGCCCAGGCAAAUAAAAUUAUCGCCGAGGCCGGCAAAUUAAAUGAGGAGCUCACGACUAUUGUUCACAACCUCACAGCCCGUCAAGAGGAGGCCAACCAUAUUCAAGACCUUUUGAUUGAGCGAGCUGAGCGGGCCGCCCAGCGAAUUAUUUUCCUUCAAAACCGCAUCGGCUAUCUUGAGAAAGAACUGCAAGACAAUGACGAAGAGCUCCAGCAUCUCCGCAUUUGUCUCAAAGCAGUAGAGAUCCAGAUGCCACCCCAUCCCGACAGGGAGCUUCAGCGCUGCAUCACCGCCUUCAAGGACGACUACAGGGCGCUAAAGAAGAAGCGCGCCACCAGGAGCAGCGUCUCCAGCUUCUCAAACUACGACACAUCCCAAGUCGACUUCCACUCUUCGCCCCGGUAG